AUGGGCUAUACAACAUACACAUUAUUUGGACUCCCGACAUUCCUUGUUAUCAUAGUUGCUUUAUAUAUUCUAUUCACUGAUUCUGGAGAAGCAUUCAAUGUUGGUCGGUUUCUCGAGGAAACUAGCCCGUUCGUCUUUGGUUCGCUCGGGAUUGGAAUCUGCAUAGGCUUGAGUGUUCUCGGAGCAGGAUGGGGAAUCUUUUUGACGGGAGCAUCGAUACUGGGUGGAGGAGUAAGGACUCCAAGAAUCAGUACCAAGAAUCUGAUCAGCAUUAUCUUCUGCGAGGUGGUUGCAAUUUACGGAGUGAUCAUGGGUAUCGUGUACUCAGCCAAACUCCAAACCGUGCCUGAAGCGCAGCUCUACACCAGAGACAACUACUUCACUGGAUAUGCGCUAUUCUUUGGUGGCCUAACCGUCGGAUUCUGCAAUCUUCUUUGUGGCCUUUGCGUCGGUGUCGCCGGCAGCACCGCUGCGCUCGCUGACGCAGCUGAUCCUACACUGUUUGUGAAGGUACUUGUGGUAGAAGUAUUCGGAAGCGUACUGGGACUCUUCGGACUGAUAGUUGGCCUUCUGAUGAUUGGGAACGCGAAGGAGUUCAUACCAGGACCAGCUGCAGUGUCCGCCAUUCGUAUAUGA